UACCGUAGCGACCAUAAGGCCAUGGUCCCUGUGGUCGCUAAAUAAAUGAAAACCACCGGAUCAUGUAUAUUUCUCAUUCUUUAAUAGUUUAAAUAACCAAUUACACCAUCACGUCUUAAUAGCCAUAAUUGGAAAUACAUAAUUCCCACCACAGUACAGCUUCACUGGUCUUCCAUCUCCACCCCAGUGGAAGGGCUGACAGUUCUUUUUUAUAAUCGAUGCUGUAUAUUUCUCUUGCUUGUCUCAACCACAAUGAUCAGUUAAUGCUCUCAUCAGCAUAGAAUGCCCUGGCACUUCUCUAAGGUGGAUGUUCCAUACAGUCUGGCUGGGCGAAUAUCUCAGCAUUCCUUUACAAAGUGUUCAUUUAUCCCUGUGCACAGCACACAUACAUGUAGUGCCCUACUAAGGGCAGUCAAGGAAGUGCAUAAAACUUCCUCCUUGCCCAGUACCAAUGAAACAGCGCUGCUUCAUUGGUGUGUGCCUUUCGGCACAUAAUCUUGGCAGGGUUCCCUGCAGCACCCUCCUACGAAAGGUGGAGGAAGCGCAUAGGAGAAGAAGAACGUAAACUUUAUUUCCAAAUCAAUCAGAUUGGAGUCUGGUGUCUUUUUAGUGGGUCUGGGCACCCACCGCAGACGCGGUUCUGAGACCUUGUCUGUUCCCUUCACUGAAGUGGCACAUACCCAUCAUGGGGGAAUUUACCAAGAAUCAGGCGGUCUGCACAACAUACCUUGAAGAGGUUUAGAAAAUUAAAAAAAACUUAUAUGCUGGGGAAAGGCUUGUUAUUGAGCAGUCAAUUUUCAGACAUCUUAGUGUGGUGAAUCUAAAGACAACAACAACAAAAAAUUGCACAUUUUAGAAAGGCACGCGAUGCGAUGCAAGAAUUCAUUUAUUCAUAGCAUUGGAAACAUUUCGGUGAUUGCAAAUACAACUGAACGCACUGCUGUCAAGUCACUUCUCUGUCUUCUCCUUUCUAAUCCACAUGUCGUUUCCUCAAUUGCUCCGCUAUAUGAUGUCUAGCCUGUGUUCACUACCUUUCAAUAUACUUAACCUGUCGGAAGGGAAAUUCCUCUUGCAACACCGCUUUCGAAAAUGUGGAGAACUUGCUUUAAAUUUGUCCGGGACUUGUUCAAGCCCGUCUGACCCGCCGUGGUUGCUUAGUGGUUAUGGUGUUGGGCUGCUAAGCGCGAGGUCGCGGGGUCGAAUCCCGACCAUGGUGACCGCAUUGCGAAAACAUCAGUGUACUUAGAUUUAGGUGCACGUUAAAGAACCCCAGGUUGUCCAAAUUAUUCCAGAGUCCCCCACUACGGUGUGCGUCAUAAUCAUUUCGUGGUUCUGGCAUAUAAAACCCUAUAAUUCUUCAAGCCCGCCUUCGCCACCUCUGUACAACAGGCCCAGUACACCCUCCCGACCUUGAGCAAUGGAUUCAUGGAUCCCUCUAUCAUUCCGUAUUAAACUUUGUGCUGGAAACAAAUCUGUUUGUGUACGUAUGAGCGCAUCUUUGUAUUAUUCCCAAAGGCAGGCUUUCGAGUUGAAGCAACAUAGUUUGACAUGCAACAAACCAAUUUUUUCUUUCUUUUUUCAUCUUUUAUGCUGUCCUAUGAAGCUACUGUUAGACAAACAAAAUCUGAGUGCUCAGAAUGUAGAAGCAUAUGCAGGUAAAAAAAAAUGGACAAGAAUUGAAAUGGCAUUAGCAUACACAUGAACUUGUAUCAGAACAUUUUGGGCACAUUUGUUCUUUCAUGGGCUGGUGGCAUGUGCCACACUGUUCCAAAGAAGAAAAAGAAGAGCUGCUUUUCUCAGUGUGAAGACCAGCUUGUCGUCAGAGGGAUUCGUCAACCUGCAUUUGCUCCAGCCAUGGAGGAGGAAGCAACCAAGGCACGCAUUUUCCUCAAAGACGUCGAUGGAACCGAGGAACAGAAAUUUGUGCCCACCUCGGAGAAACUGGAGCCUGUCUGCUACGUCUCUGUCGCCACCCAGACAAAAGAUCUUGGUGACCCGAGCCCUGUAAUACGUCCUGUGGCACUAGCAGCCGACGUUACUGGCACAGAGGCAGCAGCACUCAACUUGGACGUGAACCCAUUUGUGCGCUACCCACUCAUCAUCAUGAACUGUGUUCUCUGGGUCCUUGGCCUCGUCCUUUUUGUCGGCGGCCUGUAUGCCUAUAUUAGCACUUCAUCGCGGGCCAGUGCUCCUGAGCCCUCGGAAACUGUUCUCAACAUCUACAGUCAGUUGGUGGUGCACGUGGAGGCGACGGUGAUGCUGGUGGGCACGCUGCUGGUGUUGCUUUCCUUCUGCGGCUGCGUCGGGGCACUACGCGAGAACACCUGCCUGCUGAAUGCCUACUCAUCGCUCAUCACUGCCCUGCUGCUGCUGAACCUCAUCGUGGGCCUGCUGGUGUUUUCGCUGCCCGCGCAGCUGAAGCGCAUGCUGCGCAGCACAUUGAGCACACACCUCGUCAUGCACUACCGGGACAGUCCCGACUUGCAGCACCUCAUCGACUCCAUUCAGGAGGACCUGCAGUGCUGCGGGCUGUCACAGAGAAGUUUCCGGGACUGGAACAGCAACAUGUAUUUCAACUGCUCACGAACCAAUCCCAGCAGUGAGCGCUGCUCAGUACCUUACUCCUGCUGCAGGCGAAACAGCACUCAAGAGGUGGUGAACUUAAGCUGUGGUCAGGGCGUGUUGAACAGGACCGACUAUGACGCAUGGUUCACCGUCUACACUGGCAACUGCGUCGACGCGGCACAUCGAUUUAUGCGGGAAAAUGUCACCAUCAUUACGGGAACUUGCCUGGUUUUUGUGAUCCUGCUUGCCUUUGUGCAAAUGGUCACGCAGGCACUGGUCGACGAAAUAUUCAUAAUUCGGCGCAUUUACGAGAAGGUCUAUGACCGCCUUUAUGACAUGCGCGCCAGUGCAGAUAACACGGAUUGACAUCUAAUAAACAUGUAUGUUUGUGUGUGUAAAUUAGUCAUUUGAUUUUUGACCAUCGUUCAUUUAAACAGCUUUUUUUCAGCAUAAAUCUUGCUCUUCUGUCAACUGCUCUGAGUUGUUCAAUGUUUUUUAAAUGUUGUGAACUGUGAAAAUAACGGUACAGUACAUUCUUUGAAGUGAAGUCCACCCUCUGUCUCAAUUGUAAUCAAUAUGCAGCAACAAUUUGGAGACAAAGGAUUGUUACUGUUGGGACUUGAAUACAUUGAUCUGGAUUGCAUGGGCUUCUCCCUCCUUACAUAGCAAAGGCGCUACUCUUCCACAAGUCCUUGACGUUGCUGUGUUGAUGGGGCAAAGCAUGAUGAUGCUGCAACGUUGAGAAGGAAGGGCUGCCUACUCUAAAUCUUUGCAAUGAUUGCAGCUAUUAACAGUCGUAGUGAUCGAUACAACAGAACAUCAGUGUUAAUUGAUGUAUAUGCAUAUAGCACAUGAGUGUUGUCUUUCCUGAUUUUCUUUUCUCCUGCUUGGCUAGGUGACUAAGUAUUGUUGGCCUCCCGAUUUAACGGAAGUACCUGUGGCGAUAUUGUCAAUAUUUUGGCACUCGUGUUGAAGUAAUGGUAUGACUCGUAUUAUCACAAUUAACAGUGCUACAAUUAUUCAUGUUGUUGGAGUAUUUGCACUUCCAUGUCAUGAUUAUUGUGCACGCAUUCACUCAUCAAAUCAUAUAGCUUGCAAAUAAAUUAUAAGAGCUUGUCAGUACUGCUCUGGUAAAUUAUUUUAUUAGGGACAGACACAACAUAUUGUGUUUAAACAGCACAACAGGUUAAAGAUAGCUUUGUGGAAAUUAUAGAAGCUUUCCAUACUAAAAAGUGAAAAAAAAAAAAAGUUUGUAGGCCAGCCUUGGCUAGCUCUGACUGAUGAAUAGUUUAGUUAAUUGCAAUCAGGAAGAUAUCCUGAAAGCCGUUGAUAUGGGCAUACCCAAUCACCCUUUUUUUUUUUUUCCACAGGCCUUCUGCAAGCCUUUCUUUUAAUAUUUGUUUUAUUGUGACAUCAACUAU